AUGUCUGAUUGGGACAACAAGAACGACCAGACGACCUCCAACGAGGUUGUCAACUCCUUCGCCACGGGCGAUCUUGCCGCCGCCGUCCCCGACCUUAAUGGUGACGGUGAGACCAAGCCCAAGCCCAAGCCCAAGCCCGCAAAAAAGGUCUACAGCGAGGCCGGCUCUCAGUGGACCCAGCAGGUCCCUUACAACUACAACGAGUUUGGUGAUGAGGGACACCACGACUGGGAGCACAAUGCUGCCGUCUACGAGUUCGACGGCGAGAUUGGUGAUGUUGGCCCUGAGCAUCCUGCUCUCGAGAUCCAGCUUUUCGGCGAACCCGAGACUCGCAAGAAGCAGGGCGUCGACUUUUCCAACAUUGCUGAACUCGAGGUCUACCAGGAGGGCCCUGCUCGCGUCGACCCCAUUGCCAGCUUUGAGACCGCUGGUCUCCAUCCUGCUAUGCUGAACAACGUUAAGCUUGCUGGUUAUGAGACCCCGACUCCCAUUCAGCGUUACUGCCUGCCUGCCAUCAAGAUGGGCUAUGACGUGGUCGCUGUCGCCCAGACAGGUUCCGGCAAGACUGCCGCCUAUCUGAUUCCCAUCCUGAAUCAGUUGAUGGGCAAGGCUAAGAAGUUGGCCGCUACGCGUCCCAAUCCCGCCGCCUUCCGCGAGGGUGUUGACCAGGCUGUCCGCGCUGAGCCCCUCGUUGUCAUCGUCUGCCCCAGCCGUGAGCUGGCUGUUCAAGUCUUCACCGAAGCCCGGAAGUUUUGCUACCGCACCAUGCUUCGCCCUUGCGUCAUUUACGGUGGCGGUCCUUCCAGUGAGCAGCGCGCCCAGCUCCAAAAGGGCUGCGACGUUCUCAUUGCGUCUCCCGGUCGUCUGAUCGACUUCAUGGACGAUACCAGACUCUUGACCCUCCGCCGUGUUCGUUACAUGGUCCUUGACGAGGCUGAUGAGAUGCUUCACGAUGACUGGAAGGGUGACUUCGACACGAUCAUGUCUGGUGGCGGUGAGUUACUUCCCAUCCAACGAGGGAAUGUGAGAUACAUGUUGUUCUCGGCCACUUUCCCCAAGCAAUUCCGGGACUUGGCCAAGAACCAUCUGGCCGAGACUCAUGUCCGUCUGCGCGUCGGUCGUGCCGGUAGCACCCACCGGAACAUCAAGCAGGUGGUUUACGAGACGGCUCCUUUCAAUAAGAAGUCGGCUCUCAUCGAUCUUUUGGAGUCUUUGCCUCCCACUCGCACCAUCAUUUUCGUCAACAGCAAGCGGACUGCUGACGAGUUGGAUGACUUCCUCUACAAUUUGAAGUUUCCCUGCACAUCGAUGCACGCCGACCGCACCCAAAAGGAGCGUGAGGCUGCAUUGCGUGGUUUCCGCAGCGGGUUGGCUCCCAUUCUGAUCACCACUGGUGUCACUGCUCGUGGCAUCGACGUGCGCAAUGUAAUGCACGUCAUCAAUUACGAUCUCCCCUCGAUGGACUACGGUGGCAUUGAGGAGUACACUCAUCGCAUCGGUCGCACUGGUCGAAUCGGCCAUCGUGGCAUGGCCUCGUCUUUCUUCACCGAGCGCGAUGAGCCCAUUGCCUCCGUGCUUACCCGUACCCUUCUCGAGACCGGCCAGGAGAUCCCGGAUUUCUUGGCUGGCUACAUCCCGGAGGAUGUCGCCCAUCUCCGAUUCGAAGCUGAUUCAGACUUCGAUGAGACCGAAAACGCUGCGGACAACUUUGGCGGUGAUGCCAACGAUGGUGGUGAUGGCGGUGACGACCCCUGGGGCGCCGGUGAUGCUGCUCCGGUUGCCCAGCCGGCCGCCGAGAAGGAUUCUGGUUGGUAA